UUCGCGUGUGCCGCCGCUGCUCCGUGCUCGCGAGCGCGCUGUCCCUACCCGCCCGCUCCUCCGAGAGCGCCGCCGCCGUCGCCGCCGCCGCCGCCGCCGCCGCCGCCGCUCGCUCUGCUCCUCUCGAGGCCAAUGAGGCGAGCCCCUGCCUGCGCAACACCUGCUCAGCGUUCGCCAGCAUUCGCCUCUUCGCUGCCGCGUGCUGCUCGCCCGCUGCUCCCGGGCUAGCGGGCCUCCUCGUGCCCCGUCGGACCGACCACGGACGGCGCCAGCCAUUGCUCCGAUCGCCCCGGAACCGUAGCCACUCGGGACCAAAUCAGCACUUGGCACAUGACGUCCUCGUUUUCUCUGCCCUUUUCUCUCUUGCGCUUUGCCAAUCCUUCGGCCCAGCAGUGCACGCCUCUCCCUGUGCGUUUCAGUGAUUCGGUUAUUGCUUUGUGUGCUACACGAGCGGCAACUCCAGUCCACUGUCUCUCGGCAAAACUGGGAGAGCGAGCGACUGCGCUGCAGCGGCCAUGAGUAAAGAGGCGGACGACUUUGUUUAGGAUGAAGGUGAUGCGCGCACGGGGAUCGGUCGUCCCUGGCGAGGAGCUGGCCGAAGGUCAGCCGUGAAACGAAGGCAUCGCGUCGUCGGGGAGCGUCGCUCGCGGAUUCGGCCGGCUGGGCGUUGCGCGGCAUGGACAGAGUGGGCGCGGGCGGCUGCUGGAGUGGGUUACUCGGAUGCUGAAUCGGGAGGCGCUGGAUGUGGGCCGGCGCGAGGCUGAGCCCGCGAGCCGAGCCAAGCCGAGCUAAUUAGCCAAGAGCCAGCGUGCGAGGCGCGCCGGAGCGAACGCGGCCCAGCCACGGUCCGCCGAAUUGGCGGCAUGGUCCUUUGGGCCACCAUACUGAUCCUGCAGGGAGCUAGUCUCGUCGGCUCUACGGCAGGGAUUCCCGGCGUGCCGGAAAAUAUCACCGUGAUGUUUCUCAAUCCGACGACGGUCCGUGUCUCCUGGAGCACCAGCCAGCUCGAGCAGGUGGACAAGUACGACGUGACUUACAAGCCAACGGAUGCCAGGAGCCAUAAUAGCAGUUACAGGGUGGUAGCUGUCGUUGCGGGUAAUAGCGAAGCAGUUACUUUGAGUAAUCUGCGGGCGGAUACUCAAUAUCAGCUGGUUGUCACUGCCGUCAAAGGCGGCAAAAAGCUCCGAAGUCGGCCAAUUGUCUUCCGUACACUUGAACCUCCAAAGACAUCUUUUCUAGAUGAUUCUACUACGAAAGGACCUCCAACUAUUCCACCUCCGCCAUAUGCUCAGCAGCCUCAGACUCAUAUUCAAAUCCGAGGCGUAGAGAUUGGCUUGGUAUUACUAGCUCUGGUGAUCUGGGUGGGUGCGAUCGCGCUGUUCUUCAAUCGCUGGGGCAAAAUUCGCAUGCUGUUGCCGUACCAGCCGGACUACAAGUCAGAGCAGCUGAAGGUGCCCGGAACUGGAGUCUGCGCUUCGGCCGACGCCGCCUACACUCACAGCUCUUCGCAGCACGCUUGCUCCCAGAACCAACCCGAAGCUCGCGCAUUUUGCACUCUUUCUGCACCAUACUCGUCAAUCGAGUCACGAGUGUCUCGGGUAACGACUCAAAUAGCACGCAGUAGGACACAAUCCUCGCAGGGUACGGCGCUGCUACACUCGGAUACCAGCGCUCAGCAGCAUCUGCACUGGUCGAACCAUCACGUGGACUCCGUGGAUAGCGGCGGCGGCGGCGGUGGCGGCGGCGGUGGCUUCAACUGGCCAAAGACCGCCCGACCGCGUGUUAAUAGCGCUAUCGACGUAGCUGGAUUCUUGUCGCAAGAAUUCCUGCGGAGACACGGCUCCACGUCGCGGCUCUGCCGCAAAGUUCGCAGUGCAGAUAACUUGCCGCUGGCCUCGAACAACCGGCAAAACUCGGAUCAACACGAAGACGGUAGCACGGACGGUGACCGUGAGACCUUCCUGAAAUCAAAUCAAGACGACAGCGAUAAAAGCGACGACACGGAGACAAGGCAGAACAGUCUUGACAAUGCUAAAAACGAGACUUCUGUUCUCGACUCCAUCUCCAUGCAACACCAGUCCUCAAGAGAUUUAGUGAGCUUGUGCACGGCCGCGACGACGGCGCCAGCAGCGAUAGCGACGCUGAGCCCGUCGCCCACGCUGUCAGCAACGUCCUCCCCGGUGCAAUCGGCACUUGCGGCAAGGCGCUUCGCUGGCUGGCGAGCGGCGGCCAUUAGCGGCCGCGAGUACGUGCGCUGCCCCGUCAGGCAGCCAGCAUCCGUAGAGGAGAGGUGUUACAGGCGCUCGUGCGAGAUCGUGGAAUAUCCGGCGCGAUGUUCGCUGCCCGGCACCAGUCGGCACACGGUCCUCAUCCAGCAGCACCAGCCCCAACAGCAGCAGCAGCAGCAGCAGCACAAGCACGCGAGGAGCUGCGAGUACGCGCGGCGCGCGAGCAUCGAGCCAAGCGUCGAGGUGGUUCAACCGCAGCAGCAGCAGCAGCAGCAGCAGCAGCAGCAGCACUUCGGCCUGCCGAUCCUGAGCGUCUCGGAGCCGAGUCCGCCGGACGAAAUCGAUCGGGCGGACGAUUACUUGUAGGGUUUGCUUGCCGAGGGCUCCUCCUGCUCGCCGCCACCUCGGCGUCAGUCGCGCGCCUCUCGCUACCCCUUCGCCAAGGAGCUCCUCGUCUGAUUACCGGCCUGUGUCGGCCCUACCUACGUUUCACUCCCGAAAUCUCUGUUUCACUCUCUAUCCUCGUACGUGCGCAUUUUUACAGGCACUCCGAGCUCCAUCUCGUGCGAGUGCCCGUUCCUAAGGACCGACAGUCCUUAUCGUCAUUACAUUGUCUCCGUCGUGACGUUGUACUCGCAGUCGACCAACUUGUCUAAGUUUUACUGACUUACUUACGUGUAUACGUACAUCAAUAUCCGUUGAGUGCGUACUAGUUCCUUAGACGGCAACUACUACAUAAUAUAGCGGGGCCUUUACGUCUGCCGCUUUUCUUUCUUUUUUCCAUUUUUUUUUAACGAUUAUAACAAUAUUCGACUAAUAUUUCGAGAGUAGAUACUAUUUUUUAAUCCUCGUCAAUUUCAUAAAUCAUAAGGAAUAACAAUAUUUUAGAUAAUACUUUAGCAAUAAAAAUGGAUGAGCGAGUAGUAAUGCGUCGUACGAAGUAUAUAUAUAUAUUAAUUAACGAGUGACAUUGUCGACCAAGCAUCAAUACGUAUUCACGCAAAAAAGUCUCAGAUUUUGCGCGAUAGUUUUUUGACAAGAACCUUACAACUUCAUUGUAACAUUAUGUCUAUUGUAAGGUUUAACGAACAAACAUUGUAUAAAUAUAAGGAUUUAAAAUUGUCAUUAUUUUUAUAGAGAUUGUACAGUGUAUAAUGUAAAUGCGUUUGACUAUUUGUAACAAUUGAUCAACCAUCAACGACACAGCUAUCACUAACGAUUUCUAGUAAUUUAUCGUACGUUUUCUCAGUGAAACACAAUAAGUAGGCAAGCUCUUACUGACGGCUUAGCAGCUAGAGGAGAAAAAUACAAGCAUACUAUUAGAAAUGAAUGUGAAAGAAACAAGUAGAUAAAACAACCUAGUGGUCCAAAUCCUUUAUUAGAUGUUUCAUAGCGCGCAGCUAAUAAGUACAUAAUUAUCGAGGCAAGAAGAGAGGGCGCGCGAUGUGUAGUGUGCGCUGAUCUCCAGCCGAAGUACAAUUGCAAAUAUACACCAAGAUUGUCAAAAACCGUCCAAGUAUUCUUAUCAGUCGAUACAGCGGUAAUUGGGGACCCUUAUCUUUAAAACCAAGCACUCCUUUAAUACGCGUGGUUUGCGAGCAAUUGUCCUUUCGUUUUUCAAUUAACCAACAUUUUCUAGAAACGCAUUACGUCUCAAGCGGAUGUGCUAAUAACGAUAGCGCGACGAAUCCCUCGACUCCUUUAACAGCGCCACUAAACAUUCAAUUGGAAUAUUUUUGAUAUAGCCUUUUGCUUUUUGCGGCUCCAUUUACAUACUGCAUCCGAGAAAUUCGACAACGUGUAUUAUUACUAGGACGCAUAUGUAUAUCCGCUACAUCAAUUGUAUCGAGCUUCAUUUGAUCAAUACAAUUUAUUCAACAAAUGAUCGUUUGAUCAAGCAGAAACAUCAAUUUUCAAGCAUCAAGAAUUCUCCAAGGACUUAUUCAUUGACAAUGUUUCUUCGUUUAUCGGAUAGACGUGUCAGAUAAUAGCAGACGGACCAAGAUCAGAUACGUGAGAUACGACAAAACAAGUACUAAUUAUAGUCAUAAGACAGCUAGCAAGAAGACAAAAUAUGAGCAGUAAGCCUUCCGGAUUCGCGCUACACUCCGCAUCACCGUCGAAAUGCUCAUUUAUAGACCUACCUGUAUUAUGGGUGUGAAUUACAUGUUCAAAUCUAGCAUACUAUGGCUCAUCAUUUUUCAAGAAUACCGUUUAUCAAUUACGCUGGCUUUGUCCAGUGCAUAAGGCCAUUCAACUUAUAAAUAUGUGCGUAAAAACGCACCUAAGAUAUACAGCCAUUCUGGGAACAAUAAUCUGAGUGAUGCGCGCAGAGAAUUUGAGAGUAAAUCCUUGCAACGCAAACCAAGUCUUAUCGUAGUAACUUCCUAAUCAUUUUUCGACUUACAUCAGCAUUGUAAAAUAAUACAUUUGCAGUCCUGCCAGGCUCACUUCUUUUUUUAUUUCUAGUGUAAACGAUGAGACGAGUGCCCUUCGAUUUGGUUCAUCGUAUAAUGCAAUGAGGACUAAUUAUAACUCUGGAAGUAAUUGACUAGCUGGCAUCAUUCGAAUGUUAUAAAUCACAGUAGGAAAAAUUCGCUCGUUCAUCAUUUUAUAAAAAGUUGUAAAGGGAACAAUACAUUUUCAUCUUAAUAGUUUUCGAUACAACUGUAUAUAUAUCUACUCGAUCUCUUCUGGUCAGAUGGAUGGAUCAAGACUUUUUUAAGACUUCUUGAAAGAAUAUCAUUUGAUCCUGGUAAAUGCAGACUGUAAUAUCGACCAAGUUUGUUUUAUUGUCAUCUAGAAAUAUCUCUUCGAAAGUCUCUUGUAUUUUUCAAAGUGAUUGCAAUUUUUACAAUAUUUAGAAACACGAAGUAUAAAUACCGGGCAACUUGAUACAAAAAGAUGAAUCGUAAAAAUGACUAAGUUAAUUGUACGACGUAUUUAUUUUGCAACGAUUUAGCAGUAAAAUCGAAAAAGUAAGAAGAAACGUCGAUAAGUCAUUUCGGUGAUGCAAUUUGGAUUCGGUUCCAGUGUAGAGCCUAUCUCAUACCAAUGUUAUGGCAAUGUUAUCGAGUUGCACUCGUUACUGUUACUGACAAACAAGACAAAUGACGUUACAUAUGUAAAGAAAUUUCAAUCGAUAAUGUAACCUUAACUCCCUUUCCCAUAUAUGCUUGGCUCAUGCGUGCAUCUCAAAUUCUGUGGCUCAUUGAUUCGUCUACGUGUGACCCUGUAUAGGUAAAUGUGCGCACAUACAUACCCACCUACGUUAUAUAUGUGUGCAUCUAAUUCUUUCUUUAAUGUUCUUGUAGCAUUCAAAUAAUGAUACGUGUUUACAUAACGGCGUUUAACCAUUAUUCUUUCUGCGAAUGUUAAUACAUUCAUCACUUGUACAAUUUAUUCAUCGACAACGAUAAAUAUUCAUUAGAAACAAAAUUUUCGUCAACUACCAAUUUGUAUAUCGCAAUAUUAUGCCAAAUGAAGACCAAAUUUUGAUAAUGAGAAUAAUUAGCUUGACGUAUGGUAGCGAAGUGUAUUUAGGAUUACAAUUAAUUUUAAGUAGAUGAUGAUUUAAACUUUUGCAAAAGAUUUAACAACGUUUGCUCGAUAAACAAAUUCUUAGCUAUUUGCUACCCUCAACUCUUUCCGAGAAAAGGAAUAAAUCAUUCUUACAACUAAUCAUAACAUUCUGAUAAUUCCUGUUAUCAACAUGUUCAAGUCCUUUUUUAGUGACAUAUUCAAUCUCGAUCAUUUUCACAAAAUAUGUGUAUCUAUGGAAUUGAAAUAAAUUCUUUAUGAUUUUGCUUUUUCUUAAUUUUAUCUUAAUCGUAAUAUCAACAUUUAUUAAAUAAUUACUGAUAAAGUCAAAAUUACCAAAUGCAUUUCAAAUAUUGAAAAUUAAACUGAAAAAUUGAAAAAUGGUGGAAUAAAGUCAAUUCGCAAAGUAAACCCUUCGCGGUAAAGUUUUCCUGAUUUUAUAUUCAAACUCAGUACGUUCUACAAACUCUUAUAAAAUUAUGUAUGGAAAGCGAAAAAUUAGUAAAACUCUUUCUAUAUGCUUCAAUUCUUAAAUUACUCUAUAAUAUUGAUAUAAUUAGAGUACCAAAAAUUUUCAUUUCAAUUAAAAGAAAACCAACACUUACCAUGACUUAAAUGGACCGCUAUACAUAUUCGCGGCACAUUGAAAAUGUCCAAUUUUAUUGAACUAUGAAUGCAUAUACAGGAGGUCUUGGAAAAUAUUUAUAAGGAAUAAUACAUUCAUAAAACUUUAAAGCUCCACUUGAAAUUGAUUUUUUCUUGAUAUUAUAUGUCAAAUUGUCACUAAUAAGUGAAUUGAAAAAAUAAUGAUAAAACAGAAAUGUUAAUCCCUAUCUAAGUAUAUAGGAUACAUUUUCCAAUCUUACUAUACGUUAAAUAAAUUUGCCAAUCUAUAUCUAAAUUUGACAAAAAGACCAUCAAAUGAGGUUUGCUAUUCGGUCUUGAAAGGUAUAUAUAAUAGUAAUACUGAUAACUAGCAAAAAGUAACAUUGAUGUAAUAUAUUCACAUGCCUUAUGUAAUAAUUAGCAUGUGAUUGUUAGCGAGAAACAAUACCGAUGUAAAAAGAGAGAUUUACUGCGAAUAAGCAUAGUCGAGUGUGAUUGGUUUACAAUGCUACUAUAGCAGCAACAAAUUAUUGAAAAAUCAUUCCGGUUUAUCAAUUAUAUUCACCAUUUCAACCAUUCUGCGGCAAGAUAAUUACAUCACGUAAACGUUUAUAAAAAAUGUCUGUCUUCCUUUUAUCAAAAAUUUGAAAUACGACGAAACUAUAUCAGUUGUUACAGUAUUAAAAGCGAAAAAUGUAUAUUCUUCACAAUAUAAUCUUAUAAAACACCAUUUCCAAUUUAGCGUAAACAAUACGCUUAUUAUCAGAUACAAUUUACAGAAAUGAAAAAUGAAUGAAUUGUUCCAACAUAUAAAUGAAUCGACUCGUAACAUGUACAAAUAUUUUCCGUGCACGUAGUUGUAUGCCAUCCGUGGGCUCUAGCACAUAUAACUUGAUCAUACUAAGUAAAUUAAUAAUUUAUUCAUGUUAGGUGAUUCUUAUGAAUUUCGAAUCAGAAAAAGCUAGGGAAACGUUUUAAUAGUUGUUGUAAACUCCUUUCACUUGUCGCUUUUCGAAUCUGUAGAAUUGUAUGGCAAUAAGGAUGGAGAAUAUGAAUACAUUGAGUUUGUACCUCCAUCCAUCGGAUAAUAUUUAUUCUAUCAAUUUAAUUUUAAAAAUUAUUCGUGAAAAAACCGGACUUACACUCUAAAGAUUUGAUAUUUAUUUCAUUUUCAAAUUUUUAUGAAAACUUUCCAAUUUUAGCCGUUUAAUUAAUUUAUAGAAAAAAGGAUUCUAUAACAAGUUAGUCUAUAAGCCUCUAUUCGUUGAAAUUUAAUUAAUUUACAGUGUUUCUCUAUUCAAAAAAAUAAAAUUUUUUAUAUUCAAAUGUCAUAUUACAUUGCAAUUUAUAGCUCGAUUUAAACUUUAUAAAUUUCUGUUCCAAAUGUCAUGUCGGUUGAUUAAUUAUCAGUAAAGUUAUUAUUCAAUAUGUAUUACUUUUCUUUAAAAAUGAACACACAUUCCAAAUGGUGGUUCUUGUGUAUCUAAUGAUUAUCUGCAUUACAUGAAAAAACUGAUAAUUUUUAACGAUGCAAGCAGAAAGUAUUGCUGGACCAAAUUUUUUAAUUACCUAACACUAAAUAAAAAUUUAAAAAGUUUUUUUUAUCAAUAAAAUGGUAAAAAAUUGAUAUUUUUACUUAUAAUUAUUAUUAUAUAAUUAAAUUACGUCAACCUUAACUAGCAACUCCAUUCUGAUUAUAUACUUUAUUUUCCAACACUGCAUAUUCCAGAUAAAUACAUUAUUUUACGAGGGUCGUUUUAUAAGAAAUCGAAAAAGGCAUAAAUUUCAUUAAAAAAGUGCCAUACAUUCCAAUACAUUUUUUCAUCUUUAUUGUUAUUUAAAGGACUUACUUUAGAUAUAACAUCAAACGAUUUAGAUUUCCGUGAAGUCAACAAAUUUAUAUUGAAUACAAAAAUGAUUUUUCCAUCGAAACUUGGGUAGAGUCACCUUAAAAUAAAUAAAAUUGUUAUUGAAAAUACGAUAUAAGUAAGCUGGAGUUUUAUUAUCCAUUGCAUUUUCGUAAAAUACCCUUUUUUAUCUAGUGUUGUUAUUUUUUAGUUAAAAGAAAUUACUGGUAUAAUGCAAUGAACUUUGAAUAUAAAUUCAACAUCGUUACAGUACAUUUAAAAUUAAUGUACCUAUUUAUUAAAAAAUGUGUCUAUUAUUAUACAAUUUCAAAAAGAUCCAACGAACAUAAUAAAGUAUACUACUUAAUUUACGAAAAAUUGUUGUAAGUAAAUCGGAAAGACAGUUCGUGUUACUUGCGAGUCCAAGCUGCAGUACAUUAAAAAAAUCGAUAUACUUAAACAUCAUAUAUUCAAAAACAGCCAUUAUAUCGGUUGUGAUGUUUUCUGUGCAUAACUCAAUACAAAUAAAAAAGUCUCGCCAUUGUAACUAGUAAAACAUUUCUAAUAAAUAUAAAACUGACCUUUUUACGUGGGACCAAGAAAAAUCUACACACACAUAAAUUAUUAACGGAUUCGUCCGUUUAUAAAGAAAUAAAGAUUCUAUCGUCUAGUCAACGAAAAAUAAAGUAAAGACUUUGUUUAACUUUAAAAAAAAUCAGCUGGGCAACUACUAAUUAUUCAAGCUCUUAUUACGACGUAUAGACAUGUGUAUGAUGAAUAUUUCAAAUAAUAAAAACCAUUAAUGUAAAUAAAAUAAUAUAAUCGGAAAAAAUCAAUUCUAAAUAUACCAUGUAAAAUGAUUUAAAAAUAAAAUACUCGGAUAAAUCUACAGAACUUUUAGUAUCAAGUGUUCGUGAUUUUGAAAGAUCAUUUAGUACAACUCUGACGAUUCGGUGAGAGUUGAAAACUUUUUCUCUAAGUCUCUCUAACUACGAAGGUGUAUUCACAAUGAAACAAUUUAUUCAGUAGGUAUAGGUUUCUUGUAAACAAGAUUAAAUUAAGAAAAAAAUCGACUUCAAAAUAAUUUGUAAUCAGUCGCAAAAUAGUGGUUCAAGCACGUCAAUAAAAACACUCGGAAGCUUACCCUUUCAAAUAAGCCCAUCUCACUGUAAAAGGUUGAAUCGAUCCCAAGGUAUGCGAUAACAUAAAUAAGAAAAUUCUAGACGAAUGUAGAACCUUCUUUUUGAAGUAGGCAAAAAAUAAUGCUCCUACAUAAGGACCAAUGCUCCAUCGAAUAUAUCUAAAGAAACAAAUUUAUUUUGAAAAUAUUUUGAAACCUAUAAAAAACUAUUGUAUCAUUAAAUAAAUGAUUUGAUUAAAUGAUACGAAAAAAGUGGAUGUUUACAUUUUUAUAACGCAGCAUAUGCUGCUGGAAAAGAUCAUCGAUAGAAAAUUACAUGUAACUCGAAUUGUCUAGCCGCAAAAAUAAAUAACAUUUAAAUAUAAACCUGAAAUAUUAAACUUAUGGUGCGAUUACUCGUAGUUGAAUAAUACAAAAAAUAUAAGUUUGAAUCUUGAGAAGAUACUCCGUAGUCGUAAUAAACUAUGAAAACAUAACUGUUGAUGACCGACUAGGAGGGAAUAAUUCAAAAUGAGCACUUUGCAUACAUAAACCGAAAGAGCGAAUUGAAGAUCGUGUUCAAAGCGCUUUUUACCGUGCUUCAUAAUCCAUGAUGCGGAGCUAUAUAUAGCUUAUAUCCGCAGUACAUCAAACCGCACAUAUUGAUUAUGUCGAGCUACGAUCAAUUAUUCAAGUGGCUACCUAAUAAAGCUCGACAUCGUUUUACUUCAGGAAAGAGUUUCAAGGUUGAUAGACAAACCUUUUAUUGAAGUCACUGCUCCGAUUUGUUUUCUCUAAUAAUCUGUCUUUUUUUACGGUUACAGCAGAUAUAUAUUUUUGUAAAUCUAACGUAUUUUCAAAUCUUAUGUAUUUGAACUACAUGAUUGAAAAAGUAAAUUUUGUUUUUGUAUUAUUUUGUUUAUUAAGGCGAUGUUCAACGACAUUAAAAUAUGUGUAAAGCGUAAACUAAUAGCAUUUCUAUCGUGUACAUAUGUUGCAUCAAUAAAUUAAAGCUAUAGUGCUCGAGUAAUAUUAUUUCAUUUAAAAUAACUAAAAGUAAGUUGUGCCUAUAAAAAUAUGGGUGUGUAUAUUUAUGUAUGUACAUGUAUACAUUCACUAAGUUGUAUAGUAGAAUAGCGAUUUACUCUAUAGAGAAAUUACAGUAUUGAAUUUCAUUUUUGGCUGAAUGAAUUGUAAAAUAAAAAUUAAUAUAUUGUUUCGUGACUAUGUAAAUACACGACUUUGCACGAUUAGUUUGAAGACCAAAACUAAAUGUAAAACGUCAUACUUUGUUUGACAUUUCGAUUUCAAUUGAUUUAAUUAAUUAAGGCCGCUGUAUAUUGUUUUUUGGACACAUGGAUUUAAUAAUCCUAUUUUAUUUGGACUAGCAUACUUAUUAAAUUUUUAUUUAAAUCAGUAACAAUUAUUAUUUUUAGAAAUAUCAUAGCUUUAUAUUUUUACAAAAUUAUAGCAAUAAUCAAAAUCGAAAAGUUACUGCUCAAACUAGGAUUGAAAGGAUUAUUUAUACGAAAGAAUUCAGAAAUUAAAAAACCUGCUAUUUCAUAUUAAUUAAUUAUUUUAUAAGAAUACCAUAAACUUUACCAUUUAUAACAAUUUAGAUUGCUAAAACCUACGUGGAUGAAGUUUUUAUUUUCGAAUGUCGAUUUUUGAAGCACAUAAAACUAUCAUGCGCUAAAAUUCCAGACAAAUUUAUAUGUACUAUAGCAUAAUUUAUGUAGAGCACCAAAUCCAUGAUAGUUUUAAAGAUGAAUGUUUAGGUAAAUUUAAUAAUACAUUGCAAGUAUGUAUAUGGAUCAUCUUAGUUAUCUGAAUAACUUCGUCACAAAAGAAAUUCAAUAAUAGGAACACAAAACUAGAAUGAUAUAUUAUCUCAUUAUUAUUGUAAAUCUUCUUGUAAUAACGUCUAAGGCUCAUAUGUAAAAAAAACGAAAUAAGUCUGCUCUACUUUAUCUUCAUCUUUUGCUAAUAUUCAAUAAUUUUUUUGUUUGUAAUUAUAAUAUAAAAAGUCUAUAUUAUUUACGAUGUUUAAGAAAAUAUAUAAAAAUGUAUACU